AUGUGUAGGUCACUGCGUUACUGUGUUAGUCAUUGUCUCUAUGCAGCAAUGACCAGGCUAGAAGAAGCAAACAGAGAAGCGAACAUGCAUUCGUCAGUCAGAUACCUUGGCUAUCUUGCCAGAAUCAACUUACUGGUUGCCAUUUGCAUGGGCCUUUAUGUCAGAUGGGAAAAAACUGCAGAUGCACUGAUUUUGGUAAUAUUUAUUUUGGGGCUCUUUGUUCUUGGAAUUGCCAGCAUACUGUACUACUAUUUUUCAAUGGAAACAGCAAGUCUGAGUCUCUCCAAUCUUUGGUUUGGUUUUUUGCUUGGCCUUCUCUGCUUUCUUAAUAAUUCUGCCUUCAAAACAGAUGUGAAAGAAGAAGCUACUAAAUAUUUACUCCUUUCUGCCAUUGUUUUAAGGAUAUUAUGUGCUUUGGUUGAGAGGAUUUGUGGUUGUAUCCAUCAUCGACCAACUCUGCUGACAACAGUUGAAUUUUUGGAGCUAGUUGGAUUUGCAAUUGCCAGCACAACUAUGCUGGUAGAAAAAUCUAUGAGCAUUAUUUUGUUGGUCAUGGCUUUGGCCAUGUUGAUUAUUGACUUACGUAUGAAGUCUUUUUUGGCAAUUCCAAAUUUGGCAAUUUUUGGAGCCAUUGCAUCCUUACUUUUUUUUCCAUCACUGCAAAUCCCCACAAACCCAUUUGCCUUGGCAUGUUUCUUCAGCUGCCUGAUUUCAGAUCCCCUUCUCGACGUUUACUUCAGUGGACUUUCAGUUACUGAACGAUGGAAGCCCUACUUGUACCGUGGUAAAAUUUGCAGAAGACUUUCUGUCAUCUCAGUUGGAGUCAUUGAAUUAAUCUUUUUCAUUCUUGCAGCCUUUAAACUACGUGAUUUGGAUCUCUGGUAUUUUGUGAUACCUGGUUUUUCUAUUUUUGGAAUUUUCUGGAUGAUCUGUCAUGUGAUUUUUUUUAUAACUCUUUGGGGAUUUCACACAAAACUAAAUGACUGUCACAAGGUAUACUAUACCCACCGUGCAGAAAACAACAGCCUUGCCAGAGUUAUGGCAUCCAAAGGAAUGCGACACUUCUGUUUAAUUUCGGAACAGCUAGUAUUCUUCAGCCUUGUUGCAACUGCUGUUUUGGGGGCCGUUUCUUGGCAGGUAAAUAAUAAUCUCUCUAUCUCGAUCUCCUUCUUGAGAAUAGUCCUGAGAAUUGUUGGUUCCUUAAAAUUCCUGUGGCAUUUGAUGUUGUGCUGUGGCUCAGCAAUUCAGAGUUGGAACCCUUGGCUUCACCAGUAUGCUCUUCAAAUUUAA